AAAAUAUUAGGGGGCACAAAAAAUCAUCUAUAUUUAAUCAGUAAUAUUACACAAUAUAUCUAUAUUAAAACCGUUACUACUAAUUAAACAUCCAAAGUAAUACUAAUAGUGUUACAACAGCGUAAAAUGGCUACGAACCAAUUUAAGUUACCUUCACCAUAUACUAGAACACAAUUAUCUCCACCAGAAGAAGAUGAAGUUUAUAAUAACCAUAUCAAAACUGCACAGUUUGCUGAUAGUGAAUGCCGAGAAUUCGGCGUAGCCAUAUUCGGCAUAGGCAGAGCGGGCACCAUUCAUUUAUUAAAUCUAAUAGGAAAUAGAAGAGCUAAUAUCUUAUACAUCGUGGACGAUGAUGUUAAGAAAUUAGAAAACAUAAAACAAAGUUAUAAAAGAUGUUUGGGUGAAACCUCCUUUUUAACAAGCAAAGAUAGGAAUAAAGUUUUUGUAGAUUCAAAGGUUGAUUUUGUAAUUUGUGCCUCACCUACUUAUACACAUGAAGUCAUAGUGAGAGGCGCACUAGAACAUCACAAAGCUGUUUUCUGUGAAAAACCUGUAGCUGUUACCGUCGAAGAAACCAAAGCUAUAAUUGAUUUAUCUAAAAAAGUUAAUACGCCCUUACUCAGCGCAUUUAACAGGAGAUUUGACGACUCAUACUCCAAAAUAAAAGAAAAAGUAAGGCAAGGAGAAGUGGGCAAAGUAUUAACAGUAAAAGUUUGUAGCAGGGAUUCUCCAUUGCCUUCCAUAGAUUAUCUUAAAACAUCAGAUGGGAUAUUUAGGGACUGCUCUGUUCACGACAUCGACCAAAUCGUUUCUGUUCUCGGAGAAUAUCCAAACAAGGUGUCUGUUUUCGCUCAUGCAAAUAUUCCAGAAAUACGCACCAUCAAUGACGUUGACACUGUUAGUAUCAUAAUGGCAUUCGAUAGCGGAGCACUUGGUAUAAUUGAUUUGAGUAGACAGUGUGUCUAUGGAUAUGACCAGCGAUUGGAGGUGUUUGGUGAGAAAGGUAUGAUCAAAGCUGAAAAUAAAUGUCCAAUGCAAAAUCUCGAAGAAUAUAAACUAGAGAUGACAAAGAAAACUCCGAUUUUUUACAGUUUUGCAUCGAGAUAUCAACAGGCUUACAAAAAAGAACUGGAACAUUUCAUGGAUGUACUAGAAGGAAAAGACAAACUUCUUAUAACUGGACAGGAUUUAUUAAAUGUUUUCAAAAUUGCUAUAGCGUGUGAAAAUUCUUGGAAAACUGGUCAAACUGUACCGUUAAUAUGGAGCAAGGCGGAGUUACAAUAAAUCAUUUAAUAGAAGUGUGUAAAAUGGAAAUAUUUUAUUUUUUUAAAUAUACAUUUGUUUUCCUAA